AUGUCCCAUCCACCUGCGUCGCUCCGGGCAGCCUGCGCUCAUCCGGACUCGCUAUUCACCAUUCCGGAGGAGGAUCUCCUGCGCCUGGUAUAUAAGGAGUUUUCCCAAGAGAUCGACCGUCUCAAGAGAGCGUACUCCGUUCGGCCGCGUCGCCCCUCAACCCCGCCCAACACCACGUCGCCCUCGUGCCUCCUGUACAAACAGAACUACGACGAGGUAAACCGGACGCUCGUAGCACUCCUGACCCUACGAUGGAUUUACACAGGAGAAUAUGAGAUCUUAGUUGGGUCCCAGUCUCCAGAGCUCCGCUUAUCCAUGUCCUCAUUCGAUUGGAUCCGGAGAUUCUACGCCCAAGCCAUCAAGGGCCCGAACGAUCUCUACAUCCUCAUCACCUCCGUCGUCAUCAAUGAUCUAGGCAAGGACGCCCAGCUCGCAUCGAAUUACCGCGUCCUGACAGGGAAAGACAUCUCUACUCUCAACCACGACGCCGUCCUCCUCAACGUAUGCACGGCCGCACGGAGCCUCAUCCCGGCGCUGGCUCACUUCCCCGCCCCGCAAGACCGUGACCAUCUCAUCAGCGGGAUCGAAAUCGGCGCCUCCUUCAACUUUGGCCAGCUGGCACAGGCAGAAAACGCCCCCGCCUGCCUGUCUGUUUUCCAGACGAUGAAGGCCCCUCACCACCGCCACAGCGUCCAGCUCCGCUUCAUGGAGCAGCUACUGGAUGUUGCGGGCGCGGCAGGCCACCUGGACUGGACCUGUGCCAAAACACUCACCCAGCCGGUUUUCGACGCGUACCGCGAUGUCUAUGAUGCCUGCGAGGGCGUCAUGGCUGGCACACUCGAUGUGCGCAGUGGGUAUGACCUUGUCUUGGCGCGACGGGCGCAUCGUCUCCAUACCACGGGCUUCCGGCUGCUUCAUGUGGAGGAGGAUCGAGAAGACCGGGCCCUGAUGCGGGUGUUGUGCAUGGGGGGCGUGACGUCGCUGGACACCGCGCGGCGCUAUGAGGCCGCGUGGAGGACUCUCGGCAACGCAACCCGGGAGGCGCUGGUCAAUGCCCUUAAUGUUGUGGGCUCGAAGGAUGAGCCAGCCGUUCAGCCGACGUAUAUGCCUGCAUUGCUUGGCAGCGUCCACGAUGACCAGCGAGCGUUGGCAUGUGCACUGGGGUAUCUUGCUCGGGUCAUGGGUGCGACGACGAAUCUGCCAGAUUGCACACCAGUGGUUGUUGAGAGGAGUAUGUUGGGCGUGCUGAAGCAGUACAUUGAGGGCGGAGAUUUCGAUCCUACUGUUCUUGAGAGGCUUGAUGUACCGGAUGCUGUGGUUGCUCUGUAA